AUGUUCCGAGCUCUUGUCCAGCCAGCGCUGCGCUCGUGCUUGCUUCUUGGUGUGGGGCGACUCUCUGCGGCGUGGAAUGUAACAUCCGGGUCGUGCACCAUUGAUUCAAAUGGUUGCGUCAGCUCCACGAACUACCCGAGCUCCUUUCCAUCAUCUGAUGCUUGCACGAUCCAGAUUCCCGAGGGCAACACCAGGCCAAUCGUAGUGGUCGCCUUCGACAUUGAGGACAGCUGCUGUGACAAACUGUGGGUCAACGGCAUAGAGUAUCGCGGCGACGAUUCUAUCGACAACAUCGUGCCGCAGGGCACGAUCUCGUGGGAUGCCGGAUUUUCUUCUUAUUCUAGGGGCACCCGUUGGAAGAUUUGCCUUGGAGAGGCUCCCGUGCAGGUUCCGGCGGUCUUGGUGCUGGAUGGCCACUGCGAUGCCGAGGUCAACGGUCGUUAUGAGCUUCGGGCCUACACUGCUCGAAAGCCAGUUUAUGAACACACUGGUGGGAAGAGGUAUCUCUACUACAAGCCAGACUGUGCUGAUGAUCCUGAAUACAGGCGUGACUUCGAG